UUUAUUUCCUUGAAGAAUUCCUUUACAACCCACACCUGUUGCUACUUGCAUAUCUCCUUUUCAUCUGUAAAGCGUGACGAAGAAGAAGAAAACGAAAAAAAUCAGCUAAAAUGAAGAAGAAACGAGCAGUAUCUGAGGCGAGUACGAGGGACAAUCAGACGGCAGAGCUUCUGUUAAGUCUCAAACCAUCUUCUACGCCGGUUCGACGGGGCGAUUCUAAGUCUCGCUCCAAACCCUCGGCUGACGUCACUCUCGCUCCAAACCCUAACGGUCCGUCAGUCAAGGCUGUAGGUGCCACCACUUGUAUCUGCAAUAUAUCAAGUAAAAGAAAGCUGGACGAAUUGAAUCCUGCUACGUCGAACAGCAAGUAUUCCCCUCACUUGCUAGAAGAUGCGGAAUUGUGUCGUAACGUUUUGGAUCAUCUUUCCACGCUGGGGGAGGUAUUGGCGCAUCGAGCAAUGUCGGAUGAGAUUAGUCUGUUGGUUAAACUCACUUGUUUAACUCCGGAACUAUUGAGUCGUUUUGAGCGUAGCUCAAAAGUCGCUCAAAGAAAAUCAAAGCGGGUCGAAAGGUACAAACGGAAGCUAGCUGAUAAGGACGAGGAGAUUCGUCGUUUGAAAGAGGAAGUUAACAACUUGAAGAAGUAUAAAAAGAUGACCAAAAAGGACUCCGAAGUUAAGGAAGUGACUCGUUGUUUGGACGAGGUUAGCGUUGAGCAUCAAAAGGAAGUGUCUGUUUUGAAGAUGUGUUUGCAAGAUGUCCAAGCUCAAUUGGAGUAUAAGGAUCGGCUGCUUGUCGAAGGGGUAACUGAGCUAGAUUCGUUGGUGGCUGAACUCAACUGCCAUUCGGCUAAAGAGCAAGUUCGGGUUGAAGAGUCUCGGACUUUUAAUGAAUCUAUUCGCUCUCUGCAAUCUCGCCUGGAAGAGUUGCUGGCAGAUAAUCGGAGGUUGAAGGAUGACCAAAAAAGUCCCGAGUUUCUUCCUGGAGUCUUGGACUUGAAUGAAUCUAUUCGCCGCGUGGAUGAGUUGCAAGCAGAGAAUCAGAGGUUGUUGGAGGAUAAUCAGAUGUUGUCGGAGGAUGACCGAAAAAGUCUCGAGUUUCUUCCUGAAGUCUCGGACUUGAAUGCAUCUUUUCGCCGCAUGGAUGAGUUGCAAGCGGAGAAUCAGAGGUUGUUGGAGGAUAAUCAGAUGUUGUCGGAGGAUGGCCGAAAAAGUCCCGAGUUUCGUCCUGGAGGUGAGCUGGAUCCGUUUCAGAUGCUGUUGCAUGUAUUAAGUUUGAAACCAUUUGAUCCGAUACCAACAUAUACAUUUAAAUUUGAUUAAUAAUAUUUUGUUUACUCAAUCCUUUUGAUUAAAUGUAUAAUCUGUUAAACACAUUAAAAGUAUGGAAACGUGAUUGAUAAAUUGGCCAGUAAACAUGAACUGGACGUUUUAGUGAACCGUUUGUGAA